AUGGCGCGCUUCCGAACACGACACGUCGCCUUUUGCACGUUCCUGCUCGUAUUCCUUUGGUACAUGCUCCCCGAAGAAGAGCUCGCGAUACGCCGUCAUGUCCAGCCCCGCGACGCACCUAACGCAGGCACUGCGGAGCUGGCACGAUAUAUGAACGAUCCGAAGCGAAUCCCGCACAUCGAAGCCAGCCAAAGCACCUUCAGCUGGAACACCGUCCAGUUCAAGUACCCACCUGAGCUCACCCCGAAGCUCCCUCCACCCGCUCCGAAGCGCCCUCGCAUACAGCAUGAGUUCCGGCCCGAAUCGCGGAGUGUUGCUGCCGAACAAGAGCGAAGAAGACAGGAGGUGCUACGCGUGUUCAAAAAGGCAUGGACGAGUUACAAGAGCAAGGCGUGGAUGAAAGACGCGCUGAAGCCGCUGAGCGGGAGCUUUGUGGAUCAGUUCAGUGGCUGGGCUGCAACGCUGGUGGACAGUCUGGACACGCUGUGGAUGAUGGGCUUAAGAGACGAUUUCUACGACGCCGUAGAGGCUGUGGCGACAAUUGACUUUGGAUAUAGCACUUCUGGUAGGGUGAACACGUUCGAGACGAAUAUACGAUACUUGGGAGGCCUGCUUGCGGCUUACGAUUUGAGCGGGCAUGAGGUACUCAAAGAAAAGGCCAUCGAGGUUGGAGACUUGUUGUACGCAGGCUUCAACACGAAGAACAAGAUGCCAGUGGAUUUCAUAUCCUUCGAAGACGCCAAAGAAGGCAGCGGAUUAGUAGUUGAAAGGUCUGUGGUCAGUGCAUCGCCAGGUACGAUUACGCUGGAGUUCAGCCGGCUGAGCCAGAUCACUGGCGACAACAAGUACUACGCGGCAGUCUCCCACGUUAUGGACAUGUUCUACGAGCAGCAGAACAAGACCAAGCUUCCGGGAAUGUGGCCGAUGAUGGUCUCCAUGGUCAACGAAGAUGCGAUCUCUGGCUACCAGUUCACGAUCGGUGGGAACGCAGACUCCAUGUACGAAUACCUGCCCAAGGCGCAUGCCCUCCUCGGCUCUGCAGACGCAAGUUCGCGCAAGUAUGAAGUUAUGGCCCGUACCUUUAUGGACACCGCAAUAGACAAUCUCUUCUUCCGACCCAUGACCCCAACCCAAGAAGACAUCCUCAUCUCGGGCAAUUGCGACGUUCUCGAAGAUGGUCCCAGCCUGGACCCUGAAAGCGAGCACCUUUCCUGUUUCAUUGGCGGUCUAUAUGCUCUCGGCGGUCGUCUCUUCAAUAACGCUACCUACCUAGACGCUGGUGCAAAGCUCACACGCGGCUGCAUAUACGCCUACAAAUCCUUCCCAACCGGUAUCAUGCCAGAGCGAUACAACAUGGUCAAAUGCCCUGGUUCGGACCCAAAGACAGCCUGCAAGUGGGAUGAAGAUCUGUACGUCGCUGAAUGCGGAAAGCGGACCCAACACCGUGAGGGACUGCCCAAAGGCUUCACAACGGCAAAAGACCCGCGCUAUAUCCUCCGCCCUGAGGCCAUCGAGAGCGUUUUCAUACUUUGGCGGAUCACUGGACAAGAGGAGUACAGAGACGCGGCUUGGGACAUGUUCCUGGCCGUGGCCAACGCAACUGAUACCGAGUAUGCCAAUGCGGCGAUCGAGGAUGUGAACACCAUCGGAUCGAAACAAACAGACUACAUGGAGAGCUUCUGGCUGGCGGAGACCUUGAAGUACUUCUAUCUGGUGUUUGCGCAUGCAGAUCUCAUCAGUCUGGACGACUAUGUGCUGAACACUGAGGCGCACCCGUUUAAGCUUUCGAAUUCUUAG